UUUGGUUCACCUUAAUCUCAAACUUUCUACUUUCUACCGGAGACAACUAAUCAGUCACCACACGUUAUGCCAAAUAAGUGUUUUACAACACUAGUGGUAUUUAUGAGACACCCAACCCACCGACAAUUUUCCUCCCUCUAUUUCUAGUACCACCACCAUUGCAUAUUGUACCACCACAUUUUCUCCUUCAACCCAUUCGCUGCCUAGAAUUUCACAAAUCCGCAGAAGCGUGACAGAGAGCUAAAAGUCAUUUAUAACAAAUGAGUAGUUCUAGGCUGUGGGGACUUUUUAUAGUAUUUUAAACUUUUGGAUUAAUAUGCUUAAAUGUUUUACGGAAGGUACAAAUGACUAAUUUUGUAAGAUUUAGAGAUAACUUUGAACUUUUUCUGACCAAGGUUGAAUUAGGGGGAAUUGUACUUAUAAUGGGAUUAGCACAUUCACCGAGUCAACAUAGAUGUAAAACUACAUGCACUAUGUAUUUUUAACAGUUUACCUUUGCUCCUUUCUCCCAUCUCUAAUUUCCUUUUCAACUCUCCAUUGAAGCAGUUCACAGAAAUGGAGCUUCCCUUUGGGAAAUACUCCACUUCAGCUCAAAGAACUCCAAGAAUAUUUCUACUUAUAGUUUUAGCAGUUACAGUUCUGGGUCUUAUCCCUCUUUACCACCCCUUUAAUUGGUACCCAGCAGAUUUAGUAACCCAAUAUCCAUCUGAAAUUUCACCCACAUACCAUGCUGAGGAGCGAAAGAUAAAGAUUAAAGAACCCAAGACUUGCGAUAUUUUCAGUGGAGAAUGGGUUAGGAAUCCGGAUGCUCCAUAUUAUACGAAUAUGACCUGCUCUGAAAUCCAUGAGCACCAAAAUUGUAUGAAGUAUGGUAGACCUGAUAGUGAUUACUUGAAGUGGAGGUGGAAGCCUAGUGGAUGUGAGCUCCCCAUUUUUAACCCGUUUCAGUUUUUGGAUAUGGUCAGAAACAAGUCUUUGGCAAUUGUCGGUGACUCAGUUGGAAGAAACCACAUGCAGUCCUUGAUUUGCCUCCUGGGCCGGGUGGAAUAUCCUGUUGAUAUCUCUGACAAUCCAGAUCAAUCUUUCAAAAAGUACAAAUACACAACUUACAACUUCACCCUAGCAAUAAAUUGGUCACCAUUUUUGGUUUCAACGAAAGAAGCAGAUGCAGAUGGUCCAUGCCAUACUGGACUCUACAACCUUUACCUAGAUGAAGCAGAUGAGAAGUGGACCACCCUAAUUGGGGGAUAUGACUACAUCAUCUUAAACGCCGGCCACUGGUUUGCCCGGUGCAGUGUCUACUACGAAAACAACCAACUAGUCGGCUGCAGGUAUUGUGGACUGCCAAAUGUUACUGAACUCCCACAUAACUAUGCCUACCAAAGGGCAUUCAGAACUGCUCUUAAAGCUAUCAACGACGUAGAAAAUUUUAAGGGUGUAGCGAUUCUUAGAACUUUUGCACCUUCUCAUUAUGAAGGCGGGGACUGGAAUAAGGGAGGAGAUUGCAUAAAGACAAGGCCAUUCAGAAGUAAUGAGACUGCGUCGGAAGGUCAAAGCUUGGAGCAAUAUAGGAUCCAAGUUGAAGAGUUUAAGGUUGCAGAGAAGGAAGGAAAGAUGAAGGGGAAGAGAUUCAGAUUGAUGGAUACAACACAAGCAAUGUUGUUGAGACCAGAUGGUCACCCAAGUAAAUAUGGGCAUUGGCCUAAUGAAAAUGUGGUAAAUGAUUGUGUUCAUUGGUGCUUGCCUGGUCCUAUUGAUUCUUGGGCUGAUUUCUUGUUUCAUAUGUUCAAGAUGGAAGGCACCAGAUUCCUAGUUGAAAAGCUUCAGUGAGAGAGCUAAACUAUACAUUAUUGUACUUUGAUUUUUUAUGUAUUUUUGUUUCUAAUGAUCAUUUA